GGUAAACACUGCUGCUGAUCCCAAGAGGCUUAAUCGCAGCUCUGGUUUCCAACGUUAGCACCCCUCUAUUUAUUAACAUUUUCCCCAUACACCCGCGUAGUCGUUCCUACUUGAGCUUUAUAUCCAAUGUCCGAAGCCUACGUAACCAUCCUCACCAGCGAUAACUACUUGCCUGGCGCCCUCGUGUUGGCGCGUUCUUUGAGAGAACUUGGCACCACGAAAAAGCUCGUGGUUCUAACCACCGACUUGUCUGACGCCUCCACCCGCUUCUUGGGCGAGGUUUACGAUGAAUUAAUUGAGGUGGAGACCUUGGAGUCGUCUUUGUUUGAGCAGUUGCACGAAUUGAACCGCCCGGAGCUCUUCCGGACCUACACCAAGAUUGCCUUGUGGAAGUUGACCCAGUUCUCCAAGAUUGUCUACUUAGACGCCGACUUGUUGCCCGUGCAGAAUAUUGACGAGUUGUUUGACAUAGAAUUGAGCCCUGAAACCAAGAUUGCCGCUGCUCCCGACAGCGGGUGGCCGGAUAUUUUCAACUCUGGCUUGUUUGUCACCCUGCCAGACUUGAGCGUCUAUUCUGGCUUGAUCGACUUGAGCGAGGAGCCGAAUGCCUCCUUCGACGGAGCGGAUCAGGGCCUCUUUAACGAAUACUUCCAUUCUGGAGAAAACACCCCCAACCGGUGGCACAGAUUGCCGUUUAUCUACAACGUCACCCCGUCCUCUGGCUACCAGUACUCCCCCGCCUACAAACGUUUCCAGAAGGAUAUCAAGGCCGUGCACUUUAUUGGGGUGAACAAACCAUGGCUAACCCGUGAUGGGUAUGGUUUUGCCUCCAGCUUCCUUCCAGGCGGCGGUGGCUUCGACACCUUAUUUGAAAUCCACGCUAAUUGGUGGAAGGUUUUCGACAGAUUCUACCCUGGCGAUAAGGCCGCGGUGAUCUUUAACAAUACCGAUUUUGGCAAGGGUGAGGCCUGGUCGUUGAAUGUCAAGAAAACCUCCAACUCCUGGGACACCGACCCGGAGCUGGCUGGAGCGCACAAUUUUCCAUCUCUGGCUACGACCCCCUCUCCGCUUUUCCCGUGGGAGCGUCGUGCGGGUGAAGACGCCCCAACGAGAUUCUUUGCCGAAGAGAGCACCACGAAUUCUCUUCUCCUGCAAUUGAAGCAGACUCAUAUCACCGACACUAGCGGGUAGUGUCUGGUUUUGCUGGGGCUGAAUCCUGUUUCUCGUUUGUCUACUUUCUAUUGAUUGGCGCUUAUCGUUUUCUCGUUGCUACCCUUAUAUAUUUUUUAAUGGCAUUGCUAAUAUUUUUUCGGUAU